AUGUCCAUCCCAAAGCACUUGCUGCUCGUGUGUGUCUUGGUGCCGCUGGCACUGAGCUACCCGUUCUUCCCCCCAACCUGCUACACUAAGGUCCUGAACAUGCAGAAGGAGCUCACCCAGAUGGCAGCAGAUCUGAAGAGCCACCCCGAAACCGGUCACUGCAUGUCUCACAUGCCAGAUCUUUAUCUUGAUGUCCAUAACGCUUGCACGAUGCACAAAAUGAGGACGUACAUCUCCCUGGUGGACGGCCUGAGAGAACGCCGCUGUGCUUACACCAGGGAGGUGAGGAAGCUGGGCGUCAACCUGAGGCAGCUCUUCAUCAUCAUGUCAGAGAAGUGUCACGGGGACUUGGUCUUCACCAUCAUGGACUGUGCUGCUCUGGAGCGCUGAAGCUGCACGGUUACUGCGUACUGAAGGAGCGCGUAGUACACGACGAACCAGCUCAAGAACUCAACCUCUGUAUUCACUGUAGUCUGUUUAAACACGGGCUUUAAGUUUUACGUGAGGUGUGUUGAUUAAACUGCCUGCUUGUGCUUCAUUUGCAUCUAUAAUCAUUUGUGUUGUCGUCAAGUUUAUCACCAGCCACAGCUAGAUUGAAGUUAACUUUCAGGACACACGUUUUGCUAAAAUAUGUUUCAUUGACAUCAUUUCCAAAAGGAAUAUGUAAAAACAUGAAAACCUUCAAGAGUAACCCUGAUGCAUACAAAUGAAAAAGCCAUUUGCUCAGGUCGUUGGACAUUUAAUUAGUUGUCUGAGCUUCUUUGACCUGAGAAGCUUUUUUUGGGGGGAAAAGUUAGAAAAAGAUUGACAUUUUAUAGCAGCUAUCGUCUAUAGGUUAUUAUCAUACUGAGAUUAUCCUGUGAAACAUAACAUUUGAAGAUGUAGAGCUCUUUU